AUGGGAUGGUUCUCAUGGUUCUGGGGCAUGAUGUCCUACCUUGGUUUGAGCAACAAGACGGGGAAAAUAUUAUUCCUCGGACUCGAUAAUGCCGGAAAAACAACACUCCUCGGAAAACUCGCCACUGACCAGGUACACGUGCAUCGACCUACUUUUCACCCUAAUGUUGAAGAACUCACAUUGGGUGGAAUAAAACUAAAGACAAUUGAUAUGGGUGGUCAUUUGGAGGCUCGCCGACUAUGGAAAGAUUACUUCACGAAGGUUGACGGUGUUGUCUUCAUUGUGGAUGCUGCUAACCCCGAACGUUUUCCCGAAGCAAAACAAGAACUUGACAUGCUUUUACAAACAGAAGAACUUGCCAAGACACCCUUUAUCAUUCUUGGUAACAAAAUUGACAUGCCACGUGCAGUUUCCGAAGAACAUCUUAUUGCUGCAAUGGGUCUUACCGGACUUUCUACAGGCAAACAAAACAAGGUAACUGAUGCAGCCGUGCGCCCUCUUGAAGUUUUUAUGUGCAGUGUGAUCAAAAAGGUCGGAUACGGUGAUGCCUUUCGUUGGCUUUCGCAGUAUCUGCAGAAUUCAUAG